CAUUAAGUUCGACCAAUCAAACAGUUGAAACUCCAACACAGGAGGAAAUGGAUUGGGAGGCAUUUCAAUAAUUAUUAAUCUAAGAGAGAGUCGAAACAAAGAGGUGGAAAUAUCUUAGGUGUUGAAGUUGAGUGGGAAUAUGUCAGUGAUUCAAUUCAAGGGAGGUAAUUUGAUAUUUGAGGGGAGUACGAGAGAUUCUAUUUUUGAUGAAGAAUUUUAUUAAACCUCUCCUUGCAUUAGAGUGCAUUACAGAAACCUGUUGAUUAUGGCAUGUAAUGUUGAGAACUUUCAAAAUUAAGGGUUGUUUAUUACCUUUGAUAACUCCUUAACGAUAAACGAUACGAUAUUGAAGGGAUUUCAAGUAUAUUUUGGUUGUGAGAACAACGGGACGAAAUUGAAGUGAUUGUUAAUAGUAAUAAUAGUCAGUUUUGAUUCAUGCGGACAACCUCGGAGAAUUUGCGAUGGAACUUACAAAUUCAAUAAUAGAAGUAAGAAUGUGGAAGUCACAAUUAAGGAUAAUGAAUUUAAAAAUUAGUAAAUUUCCAUUUCAUUUGAAAAUGUCAAGAACAAAUCAAUCACAAUCCACAAGAACAUAUUUUACCUGUCUUGGGAUUAUGCAAUCAAAAUGACUGAUGUUGUUGUGGACAAAUUACAGCUAUUCAAAAACACAAUCACCAAAUGCAGAAUUGGAAUCUAUCUAUACAAUGUGAUAGAAGUAUGCCCCUUGGUUCAACACAUUAAACCUAUCUCGCUCAAAUAGAAUGUAUUGACAAGCAUGGAACAAACAGCCAUCAGGAUUGGAGAAGUCAUCUGUAUGGAAAUAGAUGAAAUCAACAUCUAAGACAACAUUAUCGGAAUGGAUAUUGACAUCAGCACAUCCAAAAGGCCAGAAAAGAAUACUUUCAAUCCUUUUAUCAUUACGAUUAAGAACUCUACAAUAGCAUCCAACCGUAUCCAUGGCAUCUUUCUCAAUAGCAACUUGUCCUACAAUCCCAUCCAUCUCCAGAUCUCUAAGUCUGCAUUCUUCUCUAACUGCAAUUCCUUGAGUCUCUCUCAUCAAGGAGAAUCGAACGACCAAAGUAAGUCUGAUGAUAUUAAAUAGGAUUCAAGGUCAAUAUUAAUAGUUGCCAAUUCCAAGACAAUCACUUUUCUAACUCUAAUUCAAAUUAUGAAAUCAAUAUCAGCAAUACUAACAUUGUAGUAAGAAAAUCUAAAUAAUUUGAUAGCAUAAUAAUCAACUCCUUCUUAAUUCAAGGUCAAAAAACUGUCAAAUAAUGUGAAUAUAUUUCAACUAAUUAUAUAUUGUUAAUUCAAUUAUUCAUUAAUGUUAAAAACACCUAGUCUUAAAUCAUUUUCUAAUCCAAGUGAAAGGAAUCAAUCUGAACAAUACAUCCAGUGUUAUACAAAUAAAAUCAUCAGACAAGACCAACAGCUCAAUUCCUCCUACUAUGAAGAAGACUAAUUCGAAAAAUGCUAAAACACUAAUGAUACACAGCAAUUUCAGGAUUACAUGCAAAACCUUAUCACCAUCAUCUCCAACCCUCCGCAAUCACAAUAUUUAAGUUAAUACUAUGUUCUCUCUACCGAAAACGAUACUAUCACAUUCAUUAGCGAAACAUCUCCAGAAACACUUAUGGAUUAUAUUAAAUUUAGACAUUAGAACAAAGCUCCCAUGAAUGAAGAUGAAAUUGUCUAUUUGGCAUAUGCAUUACUGAAUGGUUUAUCAAACAUCAACAUUUUGUACUUGAGUCCCACCAACAUUAUCAAAAAAUGGAAGAUCAUAAAUUACAUGGAGCAAAUAACCCAUCAAAAUCAACGAUCAUUUUUAGAAUCAGAGGACAAAUUAUACUUAGCCCCUGAACUCUUUAAAUAUUUAGACAUCGAACUUAACGAUUGCGAUGAUUUCAAUAAACAUCUUAGCCAAGAAAUUAAAAGCCCCUAAAGCUUCUGUCUAUUCGUUAGGCGUUAUCCUGUUACAAUGCAUCUAUUUCGAAUUCAAAAAAGAUAGCUUCCAUUAUCAGGACAUUCUUAAGAAUUCUAAAUACAGUUGGUCAUUGAGAGAUCUCAUUCAAUAAAUGUUAAGAGAAGAAGAUGA